GUCUCCCAGCCACACACAUUAUACACACACACACACUCAUUCCUCAGUGCUGUGGUAGGAACCGUUCAAAACACGUCUCUCCAAACUUUCCUCCGCUGGUGACUUGAUUUGCACGCGCCUCGUCCCUUCACACUGCAAGAUGAUGGGAUGGUGGAGAGCUACAGUGGCGGCGGCGGUGGCGGUGACGGUGAUGCUGGUGGCGAGUGGAGGUGUGGCGGGAAGGCCGGACGAGGAGGUGGACAAAAGCAAGGACCCCGUGUUUAACAUCUGGGAGUUCGCUAUAAGCAACGAUAGAUACAACCCGAGGAGAGAAGCUGCCACCAGUGACGACCCGUGUACCACAGCCAUCGUGAGCUGCUGUCUGAUCAGGGACAGGGCCACCCAAGACCACUGCUUCACUCAAUACGGCUGCCCGGGCGCUUGGUUCAACAAUCUGUGCUCCAAGAAAUUCACAGGGCUUGUUCGUAACGCUGUGGAUAAUGCCUUCUUUGGGGGUUUCUAAGCUGGGACUGAAUGGCUAGCUGGGUGGCUGGGUGACUGGGUGGUAGUGGUGCAAAGAAAAAAGGAAAUGAACGCGCGGUUAUGGGAGUAAUACAGUAGAGUAUAGAGUAGAGAGAGCUUCCAGGAAUAGUAAGAGGGAGGGCAUGAGAUGAAAAGAAAGGUAGACAUGGAAGAAAGAGAUAGAGAGGUGGAGGGAAGGUUUAAAGGGGAAUGAGAGGGAUAUAAAGGAAGGAAUAUAUAAAUAGGAGAAAUAAUAGUGAGAAAGGAAAGGAGGGAGGGUGGCUGGGUAGGGAAUGUAGAGACAUAAGAAGGGUCAGCGAAGAACAAACCUGGGAAGAGUAAGAAAAGAAUUAAAAACGAGGAAUAAUACGAAAAAUAAAGAAAGAAAGGAAGACGAAGGGAUCGAAAGAACUGAUGAAAAAACAAUUAGUGUAUGAAAUGAAAGUGAGGACAAAAACAAGGAAAAAGUGAGGAUAAGAAACUGGAAAAAGACGAUAAAAAGAGAAAAUGACACGAAACUGGGAGAAAAGAAGGUAAAAGAGAUGGAAAGAGGAUAGAAAGGAAUAAAUACAAAACACCCUAGGAAGGAAAAAUGAGAGAGAGAGAGAGAGAGAGAGAGAGAGAGAGAGAGAGAGAGUGCAAAGCGUGGUUGUGUCGUCUCGUGUCUUCGAAGCACCUAAGGGGUUUAGUUGGAAGCGCCUAGUGGUGUUCGAAGCUUCACUUGAGACUUAAAGGAGGCAGCAGAGAAACAAAGAGAGGGAGGAAGACCGAGGAAGAAGGAAAAUAAGCUGCCAGAAGAGAGGACACAAAGAAGAGGAAGAGGAAAAAGAUGAGGAUAACAGGUACCUGACGUGGUGUGAAAAGAGAAAGGGAAACGAAGCAAAUAUAAUGAUGAAUGUAGAUAUAAUAACGAGAGGAGGAAGAGGAGAAAGAGAAGGGAAAAGUAAUAACGAAAAGAAGUAGUAAAGAAGACAUACCUGAUGAGUAGUAAUUAUUGUUAUUAUUGUUACUUUAGUGUAAUUAGGUGUAUUUUUCCUUCACAUUACUUGUCUCUUUAAGGAUAAGGUUGUUAAUUAAAGAUGUGAGUAACAAUAUUACGCAUUUGCUGAUACUGCACACACACACACACACACACACACACACACACACACACACACACAAGCACUCAGAACGAAAAAUUAUUGCUCGUUUGUUUUGUAAAUUGUUUGAAAUAAAAAAAAAUGCAACGACA